GUGCAACUAAGGAAAAUGACAAGUGAUGAAGCAACCAUUAUCUCAGGGACAAAGCUUGCUAAACAAGUUUUGAAAGAAGUUCAAAGGGAUGUAGAAUCGUGGAUAUCCUCUGGAAACAAGAGACCUCAUCUCACUGUCAUAUUAGUAGGAGACAAUCCAGCUAGUCAUAUCUAUGUCAGAAACAAGAUAAAAGCAGCUGCAGCUGUAGGCAUUUCUAGUGAGAUCAUACUGAGGCCUAAAGAUGUUUCUCAGGAAGAACUCUUAGAUAUGACCGUAAAACUGAACAAGGAUUCAACAGUUACUGGUUUGUUAGUUCAGCUACCUCUCCCAGAUCACAUAGAUGAACGAACAGUUUGUAAUGCUAUUGCACCUGAAAAGGAUGUGGAUGGAUUUCAUAUUAUGAAUAUCGGACGUCUGUGUCUUGAUCAGCCUUCUAUAAUACCUGCCACUGCUGCUGCCGUGUGGGAAAUGAUAAAAAGGACAGGAAUACAAACAUUUGGAAAAAAUGUUGUUGUAGCUGGAAGAUCUAAGAAUGUUGGAAUGCCUAUUUCAAUGCUUUUACAUACUGAUGGAGAGCAUGAAAGGCCUGGAGGUGAUGCUACGGUGACCAUUACUCACAGAUACACACCAAAAGAGCAGCUCAAGAUCCAUACACAACUUGCUGACAUUGUAAUAGUAGCUGCAGGUAUCCCAAAGCUGAUUACAACUGAUAUGGUCAAAGAAGGUGCAGCUGUGAUUGAUGUAGGCAUCAACUAUAUCCACGAUCCUCUCACAGGAAAGACCAAAUUAGUUGGGGAUGUGGACUUUGAAGCAAUGGGGGCAUUGAGUGAAGAGUCAGCUAUUACUGUUUCAUCCCUCAGCACAGACUUAUGGAAUAAUUGGACAAAAAACCACGCUGAAGUAGACUACACAGAGCAGCCAAAGCUCUUGAAACUCAUGCAGACCUGUCUUGAAGAACACCACAGCUAUUGUAUCAAUGGGCUCUGUGCUUUCCACAGUGAAUUGAGGAAACCCAUAUGCAAGUGCCUGGCAGGAUAUAAUGGAGAGAGAUGUGAACAUCUAACACUAAAUUCAUAUGCACAUAAUUCUUACGAACGCUACAUUGCUGUGGGAAUUGGUGUAGGAAUACUGACAAGUGGGAUACUUGCUAUCAUCUACUGCUACGUAAGAAAGAGAUGCAGGAAAUUGAAAUCACCCUACAAAGUCUGCAUGGGCGAGACAGCGUUGUGAAGAUGGGGCAUUGGGACACUUACCAAUUUGCCUGUAAAUGAGAGGAAGUUCUGCUGGGAAGGCCACCCCGCGCCAUCUGGCAGGUACCCCAGCCUCGCUGAUGAGAUGAAAUAAAGGGAAUGACAGAGCGAGUACAUAUACGGAACUUCUGCAGAACUGGCGGGCUCCAUUCACUGUUGAAGAAAGACUUCCUCCUUUUUAGUAAAGGUUGCUAGAUGAGCAGGUCCAAACAGCUAAGGAUACUUGCAGCCCUCUCAAUACUCUCCUGUGUUUGGUAUUUGCUGAGGGAAGGACUGGUUGGUUUUAGCUGUUUUCAGUCAUUUCAUGCCAUAGUACAGUGUUCUGCUCUGGUCUUUUCUGUCUUUUUUUUGUUUGUUUGUUUUGUUUUGUUUUGUUUUGUCCCUCCCCUUCUUUUUCCUCCUCUGGAGGAAAAGCACAACCUGUCUCACAAUGGAGUUGUGUUCUGAACAUCAUAUGCUGACAAGAAACCAUUUGGGUUCUGAUUUCAGUGUCUGCUGCCUAUGUGUGUGGAUAAACAGCCCUCUUCCAACGCAGCAGUUAUCUUCAGUGUGCUAAGCAAAGUAUAGGCUUCUGCUGCCCUAAAGGACAAAAUCAUAAAAUGCUUUGGACUGAGGAAAAUGGAUGGUUCUCAAACUUACUUGAGCUUAGGAAUAGAGAGUAAGCAAUUCCUGGAAAAUUAGAUCAUGACACCUCCGAGUGUGGCAAGUUUUCAGAAGCAAAGGAAUUGGACAUCUUUCUCAAAAUGGAUUAUUGAGUGUGCUCAUGACCAAGAACUCUACUCUUCCCUAACAUCAUAUAGCAGCUCAUCAGAUUCACAGAACUUCAGGCAGUACAUUACCUUGGUACACCGUGAUUUCAGCGCAAGACUUCAGUUGCAGGAGAAACUGAAAUUUUGUUAUGAAACUUCAGUAUACCUUUGCCCAGGAAACAGACUUUAUUUAUUCUAUUCUCACAUUAUGUGCACAAUGUGACCACCCAAAUAGGAAAUAAAUUACUUUAGGAAUUUUGUUCCACCCUGGAUGAACAGAUUUACAUAUCAGAUACUUGUUUUUCUUCAUCUUGUCUACGAAGAAUUGCAAAGGUAAAAAGAUUUUGUUCAAGGAAAAGAGAAGAAAAUUGGUUUUGGAGACCAUGGCACUAACUGUGACUUCUCACUGACAGCUGAGAGUGUUUGCCAGUGCUGAUAAGACUGGAGAUGUCUCUAAGAGGUUUUCAUUUCAGCUGUUGUAUGUUGUAGACGCAUCUGCUAUGCUUAGUCAUCUACAAGAAAAAGGCAGUUCGGUAUUUUGUGAUUUUAUGGGAUGAUACAGGCUCCUACAUUUAGGUGCCCUGCUGAAAUGCUCAAUUUCUUUGUUAUGUGAGUUAAUUUUCACAAUAGGAUGCAUGUCAUUUGUUGAAAAAAACCUGUGUAUUUGUGAGACUACAAUGAUAAUGUUGAAAUGUGUCUGAAAGACUGGGCUUUGAAAGGAUAAAUAUACAUUUUGCACUCAAGUGGUCUGAAGUUCAGUGGGCUUCUCACACAGAGGCAUCCUGGUCAGUAGCUGAGUCAGCUUGGCUCUCUGAUGCCAGUAAAUAAAACAACAUGUCACACACUGGUUGGUUGGAGUCCCUGUGCAACAGCCUGAAGCAAGCGACACGUGCAUGCAGAGAAAGGAUUGGUGAGGAGCUGGAUGGAGAUGGACACCAGUCCUUUCCUCUGUGCAUUGACAUGAGCAUUUUGUAAGAGGCACUGAGCUGAUUUUCCAACUUUUUCAGCCUUUGUGUUUUCUUUAUCUCAAGUUAAAUCUUCAGAUCUCUGUAUUGUUCGCUCAUUUCUAUUAUUCUAACCUUUUCUUAGUAUCCACUGAGAGACAACUUCUGCUUUUCACAAUUUUCAAGUCAGCUUUCAGUAGCUGCCCUCAUAUUUUGUGUCGCAUGUAUAGAGUGAGAGUGCAAUUAGCUGUGAAUUACAAUCUGCGAAUCUGCACAUUAACACACAAAAAACACCAUUCACCCCUAGCACACACUGGACAGACUGACAGACUGAACGGAAACACCUAUUAGAAACAUGCAUGUUGUCGGGGAAACACAGGUGAGAGAUCUUUCUCGUUGAUCUCAGAGACGAUUUUAGAGCUAGAUGAGCCAAAGGAUGAAAAGCCUCAAAGUUUUUGUCAUGAGUGAAUUUCCUUCUCCGCAGUGAGUAGUCUUUUCCUGCAUGCACGUGGGGAAUGUUGCAUUCACUUCUAGAGGACCAGCCCUUCUGCAUCACAGAGGCUGUGUCUUGGGGCAGACACGCACAGCAGCACAACUUGUGCAGGGUGUACAUGCAGUUGUUAAAGGAGUCCUAAGGGCAGAAGUUUGAACAACUGAACUUGUCCAAAGAAAGCUGUUGGAGGGAGAUGGGUUUUGUUUGGGUUUAACCAUUUGCAUGUCCUCUUACUGACUUUUUUGACACCUUUUACAUACCAGUGGCCAAGCAAGUGCCUUGCAGGGUAUGCAAGUGCUUUCUCAAACGUAUUUACUCAUUGCAGUGAAACAGUCUGUACCUGUAGAAACACACAUUGUCUUCCUUUUUUUUUUUGAUGUAGGUUAAACAUAAUGAGAAAAGAAGGUUUAUUGGAAGGCUACGAUUUAUCAG